AGAAUGAAAUGUCAGAAUAGUUUUUAUUUAUAAAAAGUUUGAUGCUACUUAACUUGCGUACGCAAUGCUUAUAGGUUUUUCUUGUUAUUUAUAUAAUAUUCAUGACGAAUAGUAAAUCGAUAGAUUCGACAAUUAAAUAGUGUUUUAGAAGACAAAAUGUGCGACAGCGAUGAUCAAGGGGAUCACGGCCGAUCUGGCAUGGAUUUAACUGGGUUUUUAUUUGGUAACAUCGAUGAAAGUGGUCAACUUGAAGAUGAAGGGUUACUUGACGGAGAGUCUAAGAAAAUGCUCUCCUCUCUUAAUCGUCUGGGCUUUGGAUCUAUGUUAUCUGAAGUGCUAGACGAAGAUGAACCAAAUCAAGAUGACGAAGAGAAAGAUUACUCAGAGAAAAGUCCAUCAGCAGUGGACUUUUUCGACAUUGAUGAUGUUGCCGAAGAGGUAAAAGUUGAGGAAUUAGAUGAUAGCACUAAUCAAGUUGCACAACACACAAGUAUAGAGGAAAGUAAAGGAAAUGAAAUCAGGGAAUCACCGAGCAAAGAAACAAUAAGCAAUUGUCCACAGAAUGAAGGCAAUAGGAAUGAAGACUGGAGUCAAUCAGAUUAUAGGAAAAAGGAUGAUCAGAGGAAUAAUGAUGAUGGGUAUGAAGGUGACAUGGAAGGUGAUGGAGGACUUAUGCCACCGCCUUCAACUGUUCCUAAACAGAAAUCGGAUAAACCAAAGAAAUUGGAAACACCUCUAGCAGCUAUGCUGCCUUCUAAAUAUGCUAAUGUGGAUGUAACAGAACUUUUUCCGGAUUUUCGGCCUGACAAGGUAUUAUUAUUUUCCCGGUUAUUUGGUCCUGGUAAAUUGUCAAGCCUGCCACAAAUAUGGCGUGGGGUCAAGAAGAGGAGAAGAAGGAAGCGCAGCGGCAGCACUGGCAGUGAUACCGCUCCACAGCCCGAGUGCCAAGAGCCACAGUAUGCAAGUGAUGAUGAAGAUAAAUUUCUUAAGCCAAUGGAAGAGAAUCAGCAAACAAAUUCUGAAAAUAAUUCUCAAAACUCCGGAGAUAAGUCACAGCGGCCCACACCAGCGCAUUGGCGCUUCGGGCCCGCGCAGAUGUGGUACGACAUGCUUAAUGUACCGGAAACCGGUGACGGAUUUGACUAUGGAUUUAAAUCAAAGAAUGCGGAUGUAGAUGAAAAACCGAAAGAAGUUGAUGAUGGACUACUUGUAGGCAAUGAAACUGAUGACAGUCCUGACAGCGGCUUCCCUGAUGACGCCUUCCUUAUGGUGUCUCAGUUACAAUGGGAGGAUGACGUUAUAUGGGACGGUAGUGAAAUAAAACAUAAGGUGUUAGCUCGUCUGAACAGUAAGAGCAAUGCAGCGGGCUGGGUGCCCACCUCCGUCAGCAGGACGGCGCAGCAGUUCUCACACCCGCGCCCGCAGACCACCACGCCGCUGCAGGCAAAACCACCCACCGCGGCAUCAUCUAACGGGCAAAGUGUUGAUGGCGAAGAUAACACCUGGUACAGCAUAUUCCCUGUGGAGAACGAGGAGUUGGUGUACGGCACCUGGGAAGACGAGGUGAUCUGGGACGCUGAGAAUAUGCCCGCUAUACCCAAACCUAAGAUCCUGACCCUGGACCCCAAUGAUGAGAACAUAAUUCUAGGCAUACCUGAUGAUGUUGAUCCAUCUAAGAUUACUAGAGAAAGAGGACCAGCACCGAAGGUCAAAAUACCACAUCCUCAUGUAAAGAAGUCCAAGAUCCUGCUGGGCAAGGCGGGAGUCAUCAACGUGCUGCAGGAGGACGCGCCGCCGCCGCCGCCCAAGUCUCCUGAUAGAGAUCCAUUCAAUAUAUCUAAUGAUGUGCACCCGCCGCUCAUCUCGCAGGUCGGCAUGUGCUCCAAGAUCAAGAACUACUACAAGAGGACCGCUAUCAAGGAUACGGGGCCGAAAUCUUUUAAAUACGGUGAAGUGGCGUACGCGCAUACGUCGCCGUUCCUGGGUAUCCUCGCGCCGGGCGCCACGCAGCCUGUUGUAGAGAAUAAUAUGUACCGCGCGCCCAUAUACGAACAUACUCUACCGCAGACUGACUUUCUUGUUAUAAGGACCAGACAAGCGUACUACAUCCGUGAGAUUGACGCGUUGUUCGUAGCGGGUCAGGAGUGUCCCUUGUACGAAGUUCCUGGACCAAAUUCAAAGAGAGCUAAUAACUUCGUUCGUGAUUUUCUACAGGUUUACAUAUAUAGAUUGUUCUGGAAAUCUCGAGAUAAUCCGCGUAGAAUAAAGAUGGAUGAUAUAAAACGUGCCUUCCCUUCGCAUUCAGAAAGUUCUAUAAGGAAACGUCUUAAGUUGUGUGCAGACUUUAAGAGAACAGGAUUGGAUUCCAAUUGGUGGGUCAUAAAACCAGAUUUCCGUCUACCCUCCGAAGAGGAGAUCCGUGCGAUGGUAUCCCCGGAGCAAUGCUGUGCGUACUUCAGCAUGGCCGCUGCUGAACAGAGGCUGAAGGAUGCAGGGUAUGGAGAGAAGUUCAUCUUCACGCCUAUGGAGGAUGAUGACGAGGAGAUGCAGUUGAAGAUGGAUGACGAGGUGAAAGUAGCACCGUGGAACACGACCCGUGCGUACAUCCAGGCGAUGCGAGGCAAGUGUCUACUCCAGUUGACUGGUCCUGCCGACCCCACUGGUUGUGGCGAGGGUUUCUCCUACGUGCGGAUGCCCAACAAGCCCACGCAACAGCCCAAUGAUGAACAGCAGCCGAAGAGAACUGUGACUGGAACUGAUGCUGAUCUGAGGAGACUUAGUCUUAACAAUGCUAAAGCGCUGUUGAGGAAGUUUGGUGUACCAGAGGAAGAAAUCAAAAAAUUAUCGAGAUGGGAAGUAAUUGAUGUCGUUAGAACAUUAUCGACGGAAAAGGCGAAAGCCGGCGAGGAAGGGAUGACCAAAUUCUCAAGAGGAAAUCGAUUUUCAAUCGCGGAACAUCAAGAAAGAUACAAAGAGGAAUGUCAGCGUAUAUUCGAGCUGCAGAACCGCGUGCUGACGAGCACGGAGGUGCUGAGUACGGACGAGGCGGAGAGCUCCGUCAGCGAGGAGUCAGAUCUAGAGGAGAUGGGAAAGAACUUAGAGAAUAUGCUGGCCAACAAGAAGACUACUGAACAGCUAUCACUGGAAAGGGAAGAAGCUGAAAGAGCGGAAUUAAGGAAAAUGAUUCUAGGACAAUCUGAAAAGAAACCACAGAUUAAUCAAAAUGAUCAACAGCAGAGUUCAAAUCAGGGUCGUGUAUUAAGAAUAGUACGUACUUUCCGCAACCCUUCGGGUCAGAGAUACACUCGUGUGGAACUAGUUCGUAAGGCCGCAGUCAUAGAAGCCUACACUAAGAUAAGGUCCACCAAAGACGAAGCCUUCAUACGACAGUUCGCGACAAUGGAUGAAACGCAAAAGGAAGAAAUGAAGCGAGAAAAACGAAGGAUUCAGGAACAAUUGAGGCGUAUCAAAAGGAAUCAAGAAAGGGAAAGGUUGGCUGGUAAUGUUACAGUGCCCGCUCCAUUUCCUAGCAGUUUUGACAAUACUAAGAUGACAUCCUCGUCCUCGAUGGACGUGAGCUCGCCAUCCCCCGGGCUGACGCUGCUGGGACAGAUCAAGCAAGAGGCGGACCUGCAGACCCCCUCCCGGCACCGGCGAGCUAAACUUAAACCGGACUUGAAACUUAAGUGCGGCGCGUGCGGGCAGGUGGGGCACAUGCGCACUAACAAGGCGUGUCCGCUGUACUCGGGCUCGCUGAGCGCGCCGCUCUCCCCCGAGCACGAGGACGCGCCGCCAGACCCCGAAGACGACCUCGGCUACGUCGACGGCACCAAGCUGACCUUGCCCUCCAAACUUAUUAAGCAAUCAGCGGAAGAUCUCAAACGUCGUGGUAUGAGUCGCAGCGAGAUCCGCGCUGGCGGUAGGAACAAGAGGAGAGGGACCAUUACGGAGUCCUGCGACUACCUCGUGCGGCGGCCCGCGGAGAGACGCCGCACUGACCCGCUGGUCACCCUCUCCUCACUCCUGGAAGCUGUCCUCAAUCACAUGCGGCAUCUCCCUGAUGUACAACCUUUCCUCUUCCCUGUCAACCCUAAGUUGGUUGCGGAUUACUACCGCAUUGUAUCGCGGCCGAUGGACUUGCAGACUAUCAGGGACAACCUGCGACAGAAACACUAUCAGAGCAGAGAGGAAUUUUUGGCUGAUGUCAACCAGAUUGUUGAAAACUCCACACUUUAUAAUGGUCCUACAAGCAGUCUGACGGUGGCCGCUCAGCGCAUGUUGCAGCGCUGCGUAGAGAAGUUAGCGGAGAAAGAGGAACAGCUCAUGAAGUUAGAAAAACAAAUCAAUCCCUUGCUAGAUGAUAACGAUCAGGUGGCGCUGUCGUUCAUAUUAGAGAAUCUGCUGACGACGAAGCUGAAGGUGAUGCCGGAGGCGUGGCCGUUCGUGAAGCCGGUGAACAAGAAGCAGGUGAAGGACUACUACAACGUCAUCAAGCGCCCCAUCGACAUGGAGACCAUGGGCAAGAAGAUACAAGGUGAUCAACACUUUACCAAUAACGCGGAGUCGGAGGAGGCGCAGCCGGCGGGCGACGAGAAGCGCGGUCGCGGCCGCCCCCGGAAGUACAAGCCCUCUACCUCCACAGCUGAUGGUGCUACACCGAGAAAGCGAGGCAGACCGAGAAAAGAUAUUAAUAGUUUGGAAGAAGAUCUACAAUACUCAGAUAGCGGCAGUUCUGAAUUGGAGGAGGUGGAGUCAAAGGACGUGGCUGAUGUGGAACUAUCUGUUAACGCAGAAGACGGGAUGGCGGGCGACGGCUUCGAUACGUCAGAGUUCCUGAAGAUAAAGCGCGAGAUGCCGGACGAGCCGCCGCAUACUGACGACUACGUGGACCUCGACCGCAGCAACGACUAUACAUUCCCUACUGUUGUUAAGGAGGAACCAAUCGAGCAGGAUGUGAACAUGGAGGGUCAGCUGCUGGCGGCGGGCGCGGCGCUGCACACGCCGCAGUUCAAAGAGGAGCCACCUGAAAACUGGCAGCCGGAUCCUGCGAUACAAGAUGAUCUGCAAGUCACCGACAGUGAAGAAGAAGCGGAGGACGGCUUGUGGUUUUAGAUAAUUAUAUUGUACUUUGUCUCGCUCUAAUCUUAGGAGAAAGACAGAGAUAGUUAUAUAUCUUUUGUAUGACAUUAAGCUUGACUGAAUGUUUUAUCGAUUCUUGCUCUGUUUCCAUUGUCGUUAAACAUGUACAACAUUUGUCACCUUUCUUUUUCUAUCUGAAAAAAAGAGGUAAAAAAUGUUUUUUACAGAAGUUUCGUCAGUGGAAACCCACUAUUGAUUAAAUUCACAUUUAUAAUUAUUGUACACUUAACUUAUAAAUCAUGAUAAACUAUGAGUGUUGAAGCAAUAAAAAGAUAUGUAUUGAUUAUAAUGUUUGAUAAAUACAAAUAAUAACUGCCGUUGGACUAAAAUUGUUAUAGAU